AACGUUCACCACUCACGGUUUACUUCGCGGUAGCAUUCCGUCUGCCUUCCAGUGUUUUCAUUGACAUUUUCUCCAACUUUUAGGCGCUGCAUACGCGUCAAACGAAGAAAAGAUGCGAGAGGAAAGACAAUUAUUUUAUGCCCUGCUAAUCCUCAUGUUUACCUUGUCAGUUGUAAGUUUACCUCUAAGAUUAUUAGGUGGUAAACAUCACUAUGAAGGCCGAAUUGAAGUACUUUAUGAUGGCAAGUGGGGAGAAGUCUGUGAUCAUAAAUGGAAUCUGGCUGGAGCAAGAGUGGCGUGUCGUAUGCUGGGAUUUCCUGAUGCUGAGAGAUAUACAUUCGGUGACUGGUGGGGGAAGGGUAGUGGGUACUUUUGGCUGGAUGACGUCCAGUGUGAAGGUACGGAGAAGAGCCUGCUAAAGUGUAAACGCAAGGACUGGGGACGGUGUAACUGCAGGCGAGGUGAAAACGCUGGAGUGAUUUGUARAGAGGCUGAUGAGAAGCGUGUUAUUUACCCGUCACCCUCUAACUUUAGUCAAGGGAUCGUUGAUCUCCCUGUUCGUUUGUAUGGUCCAUUACGUCGUGGGUACAUUAGUCAAGGGGUGCUACAGGUACAAGUUGGUGGUCGAUGGGGAGCAGUUUGUUCACAUGGAUGGACAGAAUUCAACUCGAGAGUCGCGUGUGGCAUGCUGGGAUAUGUAGAUGCGAACAAAGUGGACAUUAAAGUAAAAACUGUGAACAGUACCACAUACUUGAUGAGUAACGUGAAGUGUUCUGGUCGUGAAUCGUCCCUCGUAGAGUGUGAACACCAGGGCUGGGGUCGUCUAGAGUGUGAAGGAGGAUCACAUGUGACUGUCUCUUGUAAACGAUCUAACAUGCUGAAGCAUCCCUCUUUACGUCUACGAGGAUCUCAUCGACUAUGGGAGGGUAGGGUAGAGGUAAAGUCUAAAAAUCGUCAUGAGAGACUACAUUGGGGAACUGUAUGCGAUGAUGAGUUUGACUUGCUUGAUGCYAAUGUGGCSUGCAGGACCCUCGGCUUAGGAACAGCGUCAAGAGUUUUUACCAAUGCUAAGUUUGGACAAGGAUCUCGCUCAAUAUACAUGGAUAAUGUACAAUGCAAYGGUUGGGAGAAAGCMUUUUCUGAGUGCAGCUAUAAAGACAAGACUGAUUGUACUCACUACGAAGACGUCAGCGUGCGCUGUAACGCGCCAAAACCUCACCUUAGAAAGAUUCGUCUUGUAGGUGGACGGAAUGCCAUGGAAGGGUUUGUCGAGAUGCAUGACGGGACUAAAUGGGGUGCUGUAUGUGGAGAGGGUUGGGGAAUCGAAGAAGCUUCGGUUACUUGUCGACAGUUGGAUCUUGGAUUUGGRAUGAGAGCAGUAAAAGGCAAAUAUAACUUUGGYUUGUCAAGUGUKAAGAUUCAGUAUUCACACCUCGACUGCUCGCUCAGUGAAAUAUCGCUGUUUCAUUGUUCCCGAGCAUUGCCUCAUAAAACAAGAUGUAAAAGCUUGUUAAGAGCUGGCGUUAUCUGCACUAAAGUCUUGCCGGAUUUAGUGGUCAAUGUUGAAGAAUUAGAGCGACACGUACGUAUCGACGCGAUACCUUUACGAUAUUUGAGAUGUUCUUACGAAGAAAACUGUUUGGGGUCUAGUGCUCGCCGUCAGUGGGACCACAACCAGCAUUACGUACGUAGACUGCUACGUUUUACGACACGGAUUGAAAACAGAGGUCUUGCGUCGUUCGUACCUGACGUCCCACGUGCUCAGUGGCAGUGGCACGAGUGUCAUCAGCAUUACCAUUCCAUGGAGGUGUUUAGUGUCUAUGACCUUAUAAAUACAGACGGUAUGAAGAUAGCCGCUGGUCAUAAAGCAAGUUUUUGCCUCGAAGAUACAGUCUGUGAUUCUGGUAUUCAUAGAUACUUCAACUGUACUGACGGGGGUCCCCAGGGGGUUUCACCAAACUGCUAUGACGUUUACAAGUGGAACAUCGAUUGUCAAUGGAUUGACGUCACUGAUCACCCGUAUGGAACCUUUUAUCUACGUGUGGUUGUGAACCCACAUAGAAGAGUCCCCGAGUCGGAUUAUUUAAAUAACAUUGCUAAAUGUAAAUURAGUGACUAUGGCCACUUUGCCUACGCUAGUGACUGUCGUUUAGAGAAUUGUGAAAGUGGAGUGGAUACACAUGGCGGUAAUUCCAAUGGUGCGUGCUGCGUGUUCCCAUUUAGAUAUCGAGGAAGAYUGUACAGAUCGUGCAUCACCACAGACUUAAACAGAAACUGGUGYGCUACAACGCGUAACUUUGACAGGGACAAACUCUACGGAAUAUGCUUUUAAAGCGAUAAAGCUUGAAUUACAUGAAAUCUGUUUUGUUACUUAUUUAAUGCGUGCUAUUCAUUUAGAGUGACUUUCAUUCGACUGUGGAAGAGCAAAUAGCUAAUUGUGAUUGGAUAAUGAACCAAUUACCAAUAGUCAUAUCAAAGAAUUGCCUCAGAAAUGUUGUCCUUCGUUUAUCAGCCAUAUAUGGUAAUCUUUCCUUAUUUGGAAGAAUUCGUGUGAGCUGGUAUUUCCGAUUUUCUCAACUGUUAAAUCGUCUAAAACUUGCAGACAUUAUAGCAAACAAACUUGAGAUCAAUCAGCCAUUUUGUUUGUUUCCCUAUUUGGCAUGGAUUCGCUCUAAAAUGCACAGGGAUUCCGUACGAAUGACAUACAAUUCUUUGAUAUAUGCAUUUUUUAUAGUAAUUAUAGUUUUAAUAGUAUAAAAAAAAUGAAAGAGAACGAGUGUUUUUAUGGAUAGGAGAUCUACUAGUGUCUAUGAAUAAGCCUAGUCGAUUUCAGUCAAUGGACACGGCUCUAAAUAUGAAUACGCACUUUUAUCGGAAAUUACAUUUUCAACAAGGCCAGAAAUGAGGCCAUACAUUAUAAGAUAUCGCUUUGUGAAAUACUUAACUUGCACUGUGGACGCACAUAACCCGUGAAACAAAAGCUGUUAAAUUAUACUAAUUCCUUUAUUCUCAAUUGUAACAAAAACUAGAAAACAAGUAAUGCUUGUUUCAUGGAUCGGAAUGAAAUAUGACACAAAACAUGGAAUUGAAGUUACACUAACAAUCCUUAGUAAGCUCUAACUGCA